UUGAAUUCAGUUAAACAAUUUAAUCGUCAACAGAUUUCAGAAACGCAGUAUUGGCGCCAUAAGGUCCUUGCAGUGGCCGUCGACUAUCCAGAUUAUACUUUUGCCGUAUCAGACGAAACUUCAUUCAUCACAGAGCUCAAGGAAGUUGGUCUAGCCGAAUCCGGAAUGGAUGUAAAUGCCGUCGUAUACGGUAAAGAUGGCUAUAAGUACGUAAUGGACCCUGAAGUUUAUGACGAGUUCAACGAACCAAGCUUUCGAAAGUUCAUGAAAGAUGUGACUGAAGUGUACGUUUUAUCGUCGCUUCCUUUGUGA